UGUGACGCCGGUAUGGUAUUCGAGUGCAAGUCAUAGUGAUGACAACUUUUCCCUCCUUCUCCAAAAAACAAACACUGACUGAAGCACCAGAGAGUCCAGACUGGAGAGAAAACAUUUGUAUGUGGUAUUUGCGGUAAGCCUUCUCACAAAACUGUCCCCGGACACACAUGUACCAUCAUAGUGCCUACUGACCCAAAUCACCUGACGUCAUCAUCAGAAAAUCUUCGGAACCGCUACACUGGUUGGCAAAGUAACUGUGCGUUAUUCAGUGAAGUUUGCAGUUUAGGCAACGCAGCGUACUAAUGACCACCAAAAUUGUGAGCGUGGCACAGUCGCCGCUCGUCACGUGCGUGCAAGGGGUCAGUCAAUACGGGAGAGAAACCAUUCCCUUGUGACAUUUUAAAGGUUAUUUCUUUUCGCUGUGAAAACACCUCCAUGUAGACAAACAAUCAGCAUUCAUGCUACAGAGGGAAAAAACAUUAAUGAGGGGCUGCAAAAAUAUGUGCCAGUGUACAUGUUGAACAGAAGUAGUGUGCUUCUUAUAACAAUUUUAAAACAGGCCUGAGUUAUUGUUAUUCAAAUAAGUUAUGAAUUCUCAAAAGGAGACAAUUACUUGCAACUUGUGUGGAGCAAACUAUUCAGAAAUAGGCGAGCUGGAAAAACAUAAAACAAUCCACUCUGCGAAACCUUUAGAAGAAUUUAUCUGUUUCAUUUGUAAUGAAUAUUUCUCUGAUGAUCUUGUAUUGAGAGAGCACCAAAUAGUCCACACUAAAAAGAAAGUCUUUGUUUGUGAAGUUUGUGGAAAGGACUUCAAAUGUAAAAAAAGUUACAACAGACAUCAGCGAGUCCACACGGGAGAGAAACCAUUCGUUUGUCACAUCUGUGGGAAAGCGUUUUCACAUAAGCACAGCCUGACUGGCCAUCACCGUGUACACACUGGAGAGAAACCACUCCGUUGUCACAUCUGUGGAAAAGCCUUCUCACAAAGAUGCGACUUGACAGUCCAUCUGCGUAUCCACACUGGCGAGAAACCGUUUGCUUGUGAGAUAUGUAAGAGAACCUUUUCAAAAAAAGCUUCACUGACAAACCAUCAGCGUGUCCACACUGGAGAGAGACCAUUUGUUUGUGACACUUGUGGAAAAGCCUUCUCACAAAAAUAUGACGUGAAAGUCCAUCAGAGUGUGCACACUGAAGAGAAACCAUUUGUUUGCGAUAUUUGUGGAAAAGCUUUAAAAUGUAAAAAAAGUUUCAAUAAACAUCAGCAAAUGCACGCUGGCACUGGAGAGAAACUAUUUUUCUGUGGCACAUGCGAAAAAACAUUUUCACAGAGACAUUGCCUGACAUAUCAUCAGCGUGUUCACAGUGGAGAGAAACCCUAUGUCUGUGAUGCUUGUGGAAAAGCCUUCUCACAAAUAAGUACUUUGACACAGCAUGAGCGUCUCCACACUGGAGAGAAACCAUUCAUUUGUGACACGUGUGGAAAAGCCUUUUCACAAAAACAACAUCUUACAUUCCAUCAGCAUAUCCACACGGGAAAAAAACCAUUUGUGUGCGAUGUUUGUGGAAAAGCGUUUUCACAUAAAAACUCUCUGAAAUCUCAUCAGCACGUUCACACUGGAGAGAAACCGCUUAGGUGUGAGAUUUGUGGAAAAGCAUUCUCACACAGACAAGGCCUGACUGUCCAUUGGCGUGUUCACACUGGAGAGAAACCAUUCAACUGUGAUGUUUGUGCAAAAGCCUUCUCACAAAAACAUCACCUCACCAUUCAUCAGCGUAUCCACACUGGAGAGAAAUCAUUCGUUUGUGACGAAUGUGGAAAAGCCUUCUCAAAGAAGCACAGCCUAACGGUUCAUCAACGUUUACACACUGGAGAAAAACCAUUCGUUUGUGAUAUUUGUGGCAAAGGAUUUUCUCAAAAAGUCGGUUUAAGUAGUCACCAGAGGUCGCAUUCUGGAUAGAAACCAUUUGUUUGUGCCGUUUGUGAGAGAGGAUUCUUAAGAAAAGAAUACUUGAUCGCACAUCACUGCGCUACACUGGAGAGAAACCAUUUACAAAAUGUUUUUGUGGAAAAGCCUUUGUUUGACACAAACACACCCUGACACUCUGCUAACCCUCACUAGAGAGCAACAAAACUUGUGAAACAUUUUGUUUAAUGAGUGGCAACAUCAAAGUGAUUUUCAGUCUUGAGUGACACCCUAUCAUUUUAAAAGCAAGACACUUUUUGAAUGGGACAUAAAGACCAUGGUCUGUGGUCAAUCGUUAUUAGUAAAACCUUUGCAUGAAAUGAUGAUCCCAAUUGAGAGCUGACCCAAGAUUCUACACAGCCAGUUGCCACUACUAGGGAGUUUUCCCAAAAUCUUGGGAAACUAAUACCCAUCUUGGGAACUUCUUGGCAAAAUUCGGGCUCAUUUUUGGGUUGCAACAGCUGCAGUCUUCAGUGAGCAAAAAGAUCAUCUACGCAAAGAUCCAUCCAGAGCCUAUAUGACUUGAAAUACUUCUGAGGGAGUACGAAAAUGGACUCACCAAACCUAAACUUGUGAAAGAUUGACCAGGGGUUGCUCCAACUUUUAACAAGACCAUGGUGAGAGCAUCUACAGAUCCAUCCAGAGCAUAUCUGACUUGAAAUGCUUUGGAGGGACUAAGACAGACAGAGAGUCAUCAAAUCUAAACUUGUGAAAGAUGGACCAGAAAACCGAGACACUUUGCCUGAGUGGAUUCAUCAGAAGGGACUUUGUUAAACCCCUGGGCGCUCCUCGGUGACAUCUUCAUUGGAAAAUACUACUCCAAAUUUGAUCAAGUGAACAACCCGUGCAGGUUUUGUUGAUGCUGUCAAGGGUGUGGAAAUCUAGGCUGAGUAUAAGAAACCUGCUUUGUAAUUUGGAAAAAAAUACUGUUUGCGAGUAAGGAUUGAUUGGCAAAACAAAAAUAUAAUCAUGUGUUCAAUAUGGGUAUAUAUAUCAGAAUAAUGGAAAAGUGCUAUACUUUUUGUGAUUUUACCCUUUUUCUAAUGUAAUGGGAAACAUAACUUUAUUUUUGUAUGGCCCAUUUUUUAACACAAUAUUGGCUACAUACCCAAAUUCGUGUACCAUCGAGUUUUUGUUUGGCCCAACUGUGGAAAAAAAACGUGCUGGCCAACCACCUACCUACCUAUUUUCAGUAAAAGGAAAAUUAGCUUUUUCUUGGCCAAACGUUAAAAAAAGGGGGCAAAGAAAUGUUGCCAACCUGUGUACUUACCUUUUUUCCAGAACAUUAUUUUAUUUUUGUUUGGCCAAUUUUUAGCAUAUAAAACGAAUGUUACCAAGCUGUUACCAAAUUGAGUGUAACAUUGUUAUGUGUUUGUUUGACCCAAAUUUCAAACUAGUGUAAUGUAGGAAGUAGGUUACCACUUUGUUAGGUCCAACCAUGGUCCAACCGUGAAAAAAAAAAACAUGCUGCCCAUCCACCAUAGAACACAUACCAACCCAUUUUAAGAGGAAUGGAAAACUACUAUCUUUUUAUUUGGCCAACCUUUAAAGCCAUUGGACCCUUUCAGUUCAGAAAAAAAAAAAAAAAGUUCACAGA